AUGGCAAAGAACGGGCUUGUAAUUUACAUCCUGGUUAUCACCUUACUCCUGGACCAGACCACCAGCCACACAUCCAAAUUCAAAGCCAGGAAGCACAGCAAACGCCGAGUGAAAGAAAAGGAUGGAGACCUGAAGACUCAAGUUGAAAAGCUCUGGAGAGAAGUCAAUGCCCUGAAGGAAAUGCAAGCCUUACAGACAGUCUGUCUCCGAGGCACAAAGUUUCACAAGAAAUGCUACCUUGCUUCGGAAGGCCUGAAGCACUUCCAUGAAGCUAACGAAGACUGUAUCUCCAAGGGAGGAACCCUGGUGGUCCCCAGAAACUCUGACGAGAUCAACGCCCUCCGAGACUAUGGUAAAAGAAGCCUGCCAGGUGUCAAUGACUUUUGGCUGGGCAUCAAUGACAUGGUCACCGAGGGCAAGUUUGUUGAUGUCAACGGAGUCACCAUCUCCUUCCUCAACUGGGACCGUGCACAGCCUAAUGGCGGUAAGCGCGAAAACUGUGCUCUGUUCUCCCAGUCAGCUGAGGGCAAAUGGAGUGACGAGGUCUGUCGUAGCACCAAGAGGUACAUAUGCGAGUUUAUCAUCCCUUGAUACACCCUUUGCAAGCUCGGUCACGAUUUAUAGGCUGAUGGUUCACAAGAAGAAGUCAGAAUUGUCACAUGGGCAUCUGUGCCCGUAGGAAUACAAGAGAUACCCAAUUUCGCUAUCACGUUUCAUUGUGAUGUUGCCCUCUGUGGGCUACAGAUCAGAAAAUAAUGAUCCACCUACGUGCACACCGUUAAUGUGGCUUCUGCAAAAUGGGCUCUCAAAUCCUCCCCAAUUUCCUAGGCCCUCUCCCUUAUUCAGAAA